AUAUAUAUAUGUUAAUGGUGUAUAUUUUAGCGUUGUAUUAAGCUGUCAGUAUACAACAUUUGCAGUUUUCAGUAACGUGACGUUAGCGUCAUUUAUUGUUCUCAAAUUUUAACGACACCACAAAUAAAUUAAAUAAAUAUUAUCUCUUAAAGGUUUCGCGUCUCGUUAUAUCUUUCUUAACACGACGCUUCUCAACAGACACGGUUGUUAUGAAGAUACUUCGUUUAUAAAAUACGCGUUUGUGAUAAAUAAGCGUACAGUAAACUGGACUUCUGUACAGGACAGUAACUCAUUAAAUAAAUAAAUACAUAAAUAAAUAGACUAUUAGGUAUUUCGAAACACGCUAUAGAUAAAUAACAAACACCGCUGUCAUUGGUUCGACUGAUUCCUGUUGGAGUUUUAUUCUCGCACGUUAGGAAAAAUCGUUUUUGUUUUUUUUUUUUAAUUAAAAAAAUUAAGAAAAUUUAAAUUGACAGCAAAAUGCCUGCCAAACGAAAACUUAUCACCGAUUCUUUUAAAGUUGUCAAGAAACUCAAAAAGGAGUAUACUAAAUGCAACAUAUUGCAAGAGAAAGAGAGAGAUGUUGAGAGCCCGCCUACUCCUCCUCGCUCACAGAGAGACUGCGAGAUGGACCUGCUCAGAGAGUUUGACCUCAACUGGGAGUUUGGACCCUGUACUGGUAUCACUCGUUUGCAGCGGUGGGACAGAGCUGACAAGCUGGGCUUGAAGCCCCCUGUGGAACUGAAGGACAUCAUCAUCAACAACACUGGAGACUCAGAGUACCUGAACAGUCUGUGGCACGAUUACCCGCUCUGAUUCAACACCGAGCAAGAAAGAAAGAAGGAGAGAGAGGAAGAAAGAAGGAGAGAGAGAGAGGAAGAAAGAGAGGAAGAAAGAAGGAGAGAGAGGAAGAAAGAAGGAGAGAGAGGAAGAAAGAAGGAGAGAGAGAGAGGAAGAAAGAGAGGAAGAAAGAAGGAGAGAGAGGAAGAAAGAAGGAGAGAGAGAGAGGAAGAAAGAGAGGAAGAAAGAAGGAGAGAGAGGAAGAAAGAGAGAGAGAGAGAAAGAGAGAAAGACAACCUUGGUUCUUUAAGUGCAACUUUGAUACAAGCCUGAAAUAUCUGAACUAAAGCAAUCCUCCUCUUCCAGUUCCGACUGAGUUUGGAUCGCUUUCUGAUUCGCUCGUCACAUCCUGGAGAGUUUUUAAAAAAGUUUAAAAGCAAACGCUGUGUCCUCCAGAGAGCUCUCAGAAUCAUGUCUAAAUGACAGCAGAGUGGAGCCGUUAUUAACCUGCCCCCUUCCUGCAACACUCUGCCCCCUAGUGGAUAGGAGACACACAGCAGUAAGAAAUAUAUAUAUAGCCCUGAAUACAGCAGAGUGGAGCCGUUAUUAACCUGCCCCCUUCCUGCAACACUGCCCCCUAGUGGAUAGGAGACACACAGCAGGAAGAAAUAUAUAUAUAGCCCUGAAUACAGCAGAGUGGAGCCGUUAUUAACCUGCCCCCUUCCUGCAACACUGCCCCCUAGUGGAUAGGAGACACACAGCAGUCAGAAAUAUAUAUAUAGCCCUGAAUACAGCAGUGUUGUGCCGUUAUUAACCUGCCCCCUUCAUGCAACACUCUGCCCCCUAGUGGAUAGGAGACACACAGCAGUCUAGUACCAUUAUUCAGACACAAUAGCAAAAUUCUUACAAAAAAUUCCAUUAAAAUGGAUGUAACUCUGUAUUUGCAUUGCUUACAUGUUGAAUGUAUUUUUUUUUUUCAUUUUCAUUCACUUUCUGAAAUACUACAAAUAAUUUGUGACUCUGUGAUACAGAAGAGGAUUAAAAUGAAUGUCACGUAUUGAA